CAUCGCAUUUCCAUCAUUCACUUCCUUGGUUUUCCACAUAUUUAUCUCUCUCCAGUUCUCUCUCUCUCUCACUCCUCUCUCUAUAUCUAUGCAUACAAGUAUUCUUGUAUAUCUCCUCCGUUCUUGGGCAUAUACUGUCUGAAAAAGAAUUGUACAGAAUUUCUGGGUCAAAUCUCACAAGGUCCCAAAAGUUAAAAAGUGAAAAAGAGAAGAAUUUCAUCCCCAGCAAUUAUUCAUUUCUCCUUUUUUCUCUCCUAAAAUAUUAUUAUCUUUGCUACUCUCUCGGUCUACUUUUAUUUUCGUUUGCCAGCUCUGCUGUUCCUCCUCUUCUCCCUAUAAACAUUUCUCCUUUUGCAUUCUUUCUCUUUCGGAGCACACUUUGAUCACAAAUUUGAAGGAAGAGAAAGAAUUGUUGAGAUCUCGGGAAGGUUCAUUUAAGCACUUGAUUCUGUGGAACAGAAAUACGGUAGCACAUAAUGUCAAGCUCAGCAAAAGCUCUGGAACCUGCUUUUCAGGGAGCUGGUCAGAGAGUUGGAACUGAGAUCUGGAGGAUUGAGAACUUCCAACCAGUUCCUUUGCCAAAAUCUGAUUAUGGUAAAUUCUACUCUGGAGAUUCAUAUAUCAUCCUGCAGACAAUUACUGGAAAGGGAGGCGGUUAUCUUUAUGACAUACACUUCUGGCUGGGGAAGGACACUAGCCAGGAUGAAGCUGGCACUGCUGCUAUUAAAACUGUCGAGCUUGAUGCUGUUCUUGGCGGUCGUGCUGUGCAGUACAGAGAAUUACAAGGACAUGAGUCUGAAAAAUUCUUGUCAUAUUUUAAACCAUGCAUCAUACCUUUGGAAGGUGGCAUUGCAUCUGGAUUUAGAAAACCUGAAGAAGAAGAGUUCGAAACACGAUUAUAUAUUUGUAGAGGAAAGCGAGUUGUAAAAUUGAAGCAGGUCCCAUUCUCACGUUCCUCAUUGAAUCAUGACGAUGUGUUUAUUCUUGACACUAAAGACAAAAUAUAUCAAUUCAAUGGUGCAAACUCCAAUAUUCAAGAAAGGGCCAAAGCAUUAGAAGUAAUUCAAUUUUUGAAGGAAAAGUAUCAUGAGGGGAAGUGUGAUGUUGCCAUUGUUGAUGAUGGAAAACUACAAGCCGAGUCAGAUUCUGGUGAAUUCUGGGUCCUCUUCGGCGGGUUUGCUCCAAUUGGUAAAAAGGUUGCUACUGAGGAUGAUAUCAUACCAGAGAAGACUCCCCCCCAACUUUACUGUAUUAUUGAUGGGGAAGUUAAAAAUGUCGAUGGUGAACUAUCCAAGUCACUUCUGGAAAAUAACAAAUGCUAUCUGUUGGAUUGUGGUGCUGAGGUAUUUGUUUGGGUUGGCCGGGUAACUCAAGUUGAUGAGAGGAAAGCUGCUAGUCAAGUUGCAGAGGAUUUUUUGGCUAGCCAAAAUAGACCAAAGUCAACUCAUAUAACUCGGCUUAUUCAAGGUUAUGAGACUCACUCUUUUAAGUCCAAUUUUGAUUCCUGGCCAUUGGGAUCAGCUCCUUCUGUUGUUGAGGAGGGAAGGGGGAAAGUAGCAGCUCUGCUGAAGCAGCAAGGUGUCGGCCUAAAAGGAGCUAGUAAAAGUGCCCCUGUCAAUGAGGAAGUCCCUCCAUUGCUUGAAGGAGGUGGAAAAAUAGAGGUUUGGUACAUCAAUGACAAUACAAAAACUCUGGUGCCCAAUGAAGACAUUGGUAAAUUUUACAGCGGGGAUUGCUAUAUCGUGCUCUACACAUACCAUUCUCAUGAAAGGAAGGAAGAUUACUAUUUAUGUUGUUGGAUUGGAAAAGACAGCAUUGAGGAAGAUCAAGAGACGGCCGCUAGAUUGUCUACUACAAUGUAUACCUCACUGAAGGGAAGGCCAGUGCAGGGUAGGGUUUUUCAGCCUAUGGUGGUCCUUAAGGGUGGAAUGAGCUCUGGUUACAAGAACUAUAUUGCUGACAAAGGUUUAAAUGAUGAAACUUACACUGCGGAUGGUGUUGCACUCAUCAGUAUAUCUGGAACUUCUCGGCACAAGAACAAAGCUGUUCAAGUUGAAGCUGUGGCAACUUCGUUGAAUUCGAAUGAAUGUUUUCUGCUUCAAUCUGGUUCAUCAAUUUUCAGUUGGCAAGGUAAUCAAAGCUCCAUUGAGCAGCAACAGUUAGCAGCCAAAGUUGCAGAAUUUCUGAAGCCAGGAUCACCUGUUAAACACACUAAAGAAGGAACUGAGAGCUCGUCCUUUUGGUUUGCUCUUGGAGGAAAACAAAAUUACACUAGCAAGAAGCUAUCACCCGAGGUUGCCAGAGAUCCUCACUUAUUUGAGUUCUCCAUUAGAAAAGGAAAGUUUCAGGUCGAAGAAAUAUACAAUUUCUCUCAGGAUGACCUUUUAACUGAGGAUAUGUUGAUACUUGACACGCAUGCCGAAGUGUUUGUUUGGAUUGGUCAAUCAGUGGACGCUAAAGAGAAGCAAAAUGCUCUUGAAAUUGGACAGAAAUACGUGGAGAUGGCUGCUUCAUUAGACGGAUUGGCCCCAGACGUUCCAUUGUACAAAGUUACAGAAGGAAAUGAGCCGUGCUUCUUCACCAAAUAUUUUUCAUGGGAUCCUGCAAAAGCAAGUGCUCAUGGAAACUCAUUCCAGAAGAAGGUCAUGCAACUCUUUGGUGUUGGUCAUGCUGUUGAGGAGAGGUCCAAUGGUUCAAAUAAUGGUGGGCCAACACAAAGAGCUUCAGCUUUAGCAGCCUUGAACUCUGCAUUUAAUUCAACUCCUAGUACAAAAGCUGUUUCAGCCCCUAAGCCAGGGGGAACAAGUCAAGGGUCACAGAGAGCAGCUGCAGUGGCUGCUUUAUCAUCUGUCCUGACUGCCGAAAAGAAACCGUCAGGUGACAUAUCUCCCGUCCGGCGAAGUGGAAGUCCGUCUGCAGAAUCUAGCCCUCCUGCUCCAGGGAAGAGUGAGGAAGCUGCUGAGAUUGAGGACUCCGAAGAAGUUUCGGAAGUUAAAGAAACUGAGACAGUUGAACCUAUUCCAGAGUCUUAUGAGGAUGAUUCAGGACCAAAAUCAGAUACUGACCAGGAUGAAAAUGGCUCUGAAAGUAGUCAGAGUACAUUCAGUUAUGACCAACUGAAGGCUAAAUCUGACAACCCCGUCACAGGAAUUGAUUUUAAACGAAGAGAGGCUUAUCUCUCGGACGAAGAAUUCCAGUCUGUACUGGGCAUGGAGAAAGAUGCUUUCUACAAGUUGCCCAAGUGGAAGCAGGACAUGCUGAAAAAGAAAGUCGAUCUCUUCUAGAAAUGGAUCCAUGAGUUCCUCUUCAUCCCCUGCGCUUUCACAUCUAUACUCAUCAACCCCCUACUUUUACGGGGCGUCAUUAGUUGAUUACGUACCUAGGAUUUUGCUCUCUGGCUCACCACGCCUCAAAUUGUUGGAAUUGUUUUUGGUUAUCUUGUGUCCAUCUGAAGAGUGAUUUUAUGUGUCUUUUCAGUAUCAUCUUCACAUUUACGUGCCAUGAUAGUCGGCUUGUAGCCUAAAGACAGAAGGCAGGUUACAUUCUUUGAUUUGGUUGGGUAUGUAUCUCAGUUUGUGAUUGUUGAAGUCCGUCUUUUCGCCACCCUUUUGAUCAUUUUAUUAUUUUGUUGAUUAAAAGGGUGUAUAUGUACUGCAUUUGUACAUGCUAAGAAAUGUAGAACGAAGUCGUUUGCCUUCAGAUACUAUGAUAUUGUAUUCUUGGUCCUCGGACUCUUAUUAUUUUGAAUUAAUCUUGAGUAAAAAUACCAGUUUGAGCAGUA